AUGGCGAAAAGUGUUCGGGCCAGUGUCUCCAAGCGCAACCGCGCGAACCUGCGCAAGAAGGUGUUUGGCCCCGUGGUCGAUGCUCGCACAGAACGACUCGCCGCCAAACUGCAGGAGAUUGCAUCUCAGCCUCGGGUCAAGGCCUCCGAGAAGACAGAGAUGGAUUUGGAAACAGAUGAGACCGGUAUGACCUGUGUUUUCGUCCUGUUUGACGGUUUUCUUUUCCCUUUGCCUUCUUCUAACCCCAUUUAUGAUCUAGCCGACAAGAAGGAUGGCGCUCAGGCUACCGCCAACGAAGAAAUGGACAUCGACAACAAAUCAUCCAAGAGCCGAUCGCAGAAAUCCGGCCGAGUGCAGAAGCGCAACCGACGAACUCGCCCCUCCAUCGUGUUCCAAUCACAUUCGUCUAAGGCUAAGAAAGGCUCGAAAAAGAAGUAG